UUGGUUAAAACAGAGAAAAGUUUUACUUUUUACUAUGAGUCGGUUUUAGAACCCAGACUUCUUGCAAUAACUAUUUCUGGAUUGUUUUUUGGAACUAUGAGAUUCACUUUAAGAGAGCUCAUACCUCAUAGCAGCAGCUCCUACAUUGCCUAAAUACAAGAAAAUGCGACUAUUUUUUUCUUUUGAGAAGCCGGUUUUUAAACACUUUUCAAUUCGAACCAAAUGAGUGAAAUGUAUUCAUAGAGUAAACCUGAGUUCUACUUUCUCAAAACUGAGUGUGUUUUUCGGAACCUUAUGUAUGCCUAAAGCGAAAACGCGCUUACGUCUUAACCGGCGUAGUUUAAAGCCCAUGUAGCAUAAAAAAUAGACGUCCGCAACUGUUCGUACAAAUCACCAAUGUCCAGCUCGAAUAUUAAAGACAACAUUACAAAAGUGAUUUAAUAUGCUUUAACUAUUUAAGCAAGCAUUUUGCAACUGGGACACCUUAUGUAAAUUUUGUUAGCAGAUGGAUACUGUCGAGUUUAUCAUCCCUUGGUUGUUUGCCUGUGCUAGUUUCAGGCAUAAUUGUCCCUCCCCCAUUUUGGACGCUUCGUUGCUACUCAAUUAUUACCCAGUUAUGCACCUUUAAAUAGCUAGAGACGGUCUAACUAGAUUGCUAUUGGACGGUGAGUGCUGUUUCAUGUUACCUUCUAGAAGUUUAUUGCGUACGACGACCUAUCGAUUACCUCCACGUCCGGUGUUAAUGAGAAUAACUUAGAAAACUAGUCAUACAUUAGAAAGAGCGUCAUUUGAAUGCCCUAAUUGGGUCUUCGUAUUGUCGACUAAGUAGACCAGUAACAAACAGUUCGUCUUUUCAACUGCUUUCACCGGAUUAUACAUUGUUGAAAGAAACAGGGUAAAUGUAGGUUAUGACAGAUUAUUUCAAAGUGCUUUGGCCACUUUCGGUGCCGAGUUUGAUGCUGAAUUCAGUCGAAUUUUGUAGGUCUAUCGACGCGACACAGACGUGAAAAAAACUGCUUUCUUCCUGUGGUUUUUUGUGAGUAUUGUUCCUUGAUACAUUCUUCGUUACAGCGAUCGAAAAACAAGAUCACAAAAAAAGAGGAAGAGCCAUCCAACAGCCGUACUUAUCAUGUUCCAUCGAUCUGGAUCUAGACGGCGGAUUCAUGCCAAUUCGAGAGCUGAACAGCCGCCUAGAGCUGUUCGACGAAAUGCCCUUCGAGGCGGGGCUUCUUCGGAAAGGUUUCUAACUAUACUCAAAGUGUUUCGCCUCGAGCUCUUCUUCAUUUGCGCACUGCAUUGGGAUCAUGCAGAGUUGGGAAAAUACGUGAAGUACUUCUAUAGCAAGCUAUUCUCUGUCUCACAAUUGGCUGGUUUUAAUCUCGGUGAUGUUCAAGCCCACCUUCAGCUUGCUCAGUGGGUAGAGCAACAUGGAGUGCCCGAUGCAGACGAGGACAUCGAAGAGCUUUUCGAUGGGUUCUUUAACAAGGUCGACCUUAAAGUGCAUUCUCACAAAUACCGCCAAGGAGGUUGGCCAAAAGCCGACAUAUGGUGUCACAUGAAGUUCUUGGAUAACAUGCAAACAAUGGCGUCGAAUAUUCACGCUACCACGGUCGUCAUUAACCUAAACGUUAUGCCGGUCUCGCUCUACGUGACAGUUGACCCGAACGACCCUAACGAAAACUACCACUAUACGCUCAGCGUUAAUGAUGUCAGGUCUGAGACAUCCAAUCACGGAGCAUUGUUUAUAACUGUUAACUGCACGACAGGCACUCGGAAACAAAUUUUUGAGGACGGGGAUAUGGGACCCGCCGAAGAGUGCGCGAUUGACCCACUGGAGGUCACAAUAUCUGUAGUGUGGAAGGGCCCAUCAGAUGAUUUUAGGAAACGUUGCUAAAUAUUACCUAUAUUCAC